CAGAAGGUGCCGAUAAUGCACCUAUUACGCUGGUUGCCAACCGCCGUUAAAAACAUCUAAGAACAGUGUACAACCAUUCACAUUUGCACUCUCGUAUCGUGUUAUGGUCCUAGAACACGGCCUCAACUGGAGUUCUGGUUUAAAAAAAACUAAGUGACAGUGGACAAAACUCUAAACUCGAGGCUUGUCACGGGUUGUCACUUGGUUUCAGUCUUGAAGCUGGGCUAAGAAGAUGGGCCGCUUUCUCCAGCCUCAUUUUUACUGUGACAUGAAUAAAAUGUCUCUAAAUGAUGAAUUGUUGUUUUCCAAUUUGCUGUAGCAUUUGGUUUGUGUAAACUCAGAAAGAUCAAAUCUAAUUUGUAAUUUCACUUCAGGCCUUAUUAAAAAGUUAGGUAAAGGUGAAAAAUGAGUCAACUGCGUUAAUGGGCGAGUUUAAAGAAAUAUACUGUUUCGAUUUAAAACUGUUGUGGAAAUCCCUGAGAGUGCAUUGGUGUGUAUUUUUUUCUCAACCUUCCUGAACUUUCGUUUCACAAUAACCUUGUGGUUCCUCUCCUCCUCUCCUCCUCUCCUCUCCUCCUCCUCCUCACUCGCUCUUCUGCACUCUGCUCCAAUUUGCGUGCGCGGCCCCGCGGCUGCGGGCACGCACUUUGGGGGCUCGGUCCUACGCAAUGGAAAGGGAGCGCGCCCGACUUAAAGCGGCGCGUUGAACCAGUGUUGAUGUGUCGCAGAUUUUAAAAAGUGAGGGAGGCAGGCUGCCGGAGUUCGGAGUGAGGGCGAAGGCUCAGAACAAGUCGCACCGCGAGGGAGCAGCGGCGGCGGCGGGACUUUGACGGUGUUUCCGCUUUUCCGGGCUUCUUCUUUUUCUUUCGCCCCCCCUCCCUUGUGUGUUUUCAUUUGUACACUUCAACAUAACAGCACAGGCACAGUUCGCGGAGCGUGCGGAGCAGCGCGCGGCGAUGGAGCUGUCAUCCAUCGGGGACCAAGUGUUCGCCGUCGAGUCGAUCACGAAGAAGAGAGUCAGAAAGGGUAAUGUGGAGUACCUACUGAAAUGGCAGGGAUGGCCCCCAAAGUACAGUACUUGGGAACCGGAGGAAAAUAUUUUGGACCCGCGCCUGGUCCUGGCCUACGAAGAAAAUCAGGAGAAGAUCAGAGCUCUGGCCUAUCGCAGGAAAGGUCUCAGACCCAGGAGGCUCGUGCUGCGGAACAUCUUUGCCAUGGAUCUCCGCAGCGCCCAAAAGGUUGCAGAGAAGCCCCCGCCCCGGCUGCGUCUCUCCCUCACCCGCUCCAUGAGUACAGACGUGGACCAGGGCGAGCGGAGCAGCAUGUUCUGUAGCCAGGUCAGGAGGAAGAGGGUGGGGGUUAAACGAGGGCCAGACAGACCCCUCCGCCCGCUGAGGACGAAGGAGGAGCCCAUGGAGGGGGACUGGAGGGACAUCAUCGAGGAAGAGAAGCAGGAGUCAGAGAGCAGUGUCGAGGAAAUACGUCGGUCCGAGUGCAGCUCCCCGCCCCUGCUGGAGCGACAGGACUUGGCAGUGGAGGAGAAGGUGGAUGCCGACCUGACAGUGGAAGGCUUAGAAACAUGGACUGACAGAUCAGAUGGCAGAGUGUGUGAAACGUUUGCGUGCAACCAAUCAAAGGACAGCGCUGCAGUGCCCGCUGCCAGAGCAGGAGACGCGGUCACCGCGGGCGACAGGUCAAAUUGGGACAGAGGUGUGGAGGAGGUGGAGUCAGGGUCGGAGUGUCCCAGAUUAGAGAGGAACGACACAAUCACGGUGAUAGUGAGCGUCCAGGGGAGCAGCGAGACGGCGGUUGCCGCCGCCGCCGCCGCCGUCGUCGCCUGCUCCACUGCCGAGGAGGCGAGAGCCGACAAUCAGAGUGCCACCACCACGACAACUCCGGGCAGUCAGUCCGCCCCCGCUGCAGCAGAGCAUCCCGGGAAGGUGAUUGAGACAGAGGUGACUAUCAACUCACUGACGGUGACUUUUAAAGAAGCCAUGGUGGCUGAAGGCUUCUUUAAGGGCUACUGAAUGAAGAGGAAGCGAUUUAAAAAAAUAUAUACACUUGUCACUCAUUUUAUACAUGUAAAUAGUCGUGUGUGUAAGAUAAGUUCACGUUUACAAAACUACACUCAUUUCCUACUGAGUUUUAUGAAGACGUCAUUGCCAUCGACUGAAGAAAUUAGUGGCGAUUUCAUCAUUGUCGCUCAGUUAUUGUUAUUAUUAUUAUGACAGGAAGCCCGAGGCCCCCAAAUAAAAUGGCUCAGAUCAUUUGUUGCAAUAAACUGAUCACACUGGAUUGCAGUGGUAGGGUUUCAUUCCUGGGGCCGCUGGGUUUACUGCGAGGUGGUGAGGCAGCGGCCUAAACAAACCUAACAGUCCACAUUACUACUUCCACGCAGCUACCUUUUUUCUAGUCGUCCUCAGUGCUUUCCAGGCAGACGUUGGUCUCACUUCUCCAAUCCGUUCACGGGGGCCCGUUUCAGUCGCUCCUCUUUCUUACAAAUAAUGUUUUGUAAAGAUACCUGUCUCUCUCUUUCUUUUUCUUCCAGUAUUUGAGUGAACCGCAUGCCCUGUCAGUCUGUGCCGCACACGCACAAAGCCUCGUCCUGUGUCGUAUUGAAGAGGUUUAUUUCCGUCACAAGUGACACAAAAACAAAAGAGAUAGAAUUAGUGCCUGCUGCUUUAGAUGAAGUUCCGCGUUUCAAGGGCGACGGAUGCACACAAAAAGAAGAGUACACAGUUGUGUUCGCUGUCGGUCGUCUUUUUACUUUACAAGUAUAAAAUGCUACCUGGUUCUAUUUUUGUAUUACCAAUUGAUAGUCCGCUCUUCUCAGUAGCCUUUGUGCGUUUUCAAAAGGAGGAGAUUUUGGUUUUCACUGCUGCUGUCAACGCCAUGUAGGGUAGUGUACAAACGGAAGAAAAAUGUACGUUAGGUCAGACUGUAGUGAGAUAUUAUUUAUUGCAUGUCACACGUAUAAGCUAAACUAAUUUAUGUCACUUAUUGUGUCUGAAUCUGUCCGUUAUCAGACAACGAUAAUCUGUCAAAUGUCUCCUCUCUCUUAAAAUGACUUUUUAUUUUGACUGCAUUUCCAAUAAAUAUGUACAAAACGUGUAACAUU